AUGGGAGCAUCCAGGGCGGCGAUCAACGGAGCGCCCCAGUUCCUACGGGAUCUCGCUGUCCAGGUCGAGAUCCUCGCUUGCCUCCAUUGGCUGGUCGAAUUUCAGAUCCUCGCCUGCAUCCCGCUCGAAGAGAGCGUUCUGCUCAAGGACUUGGCCGAUCUGGCAGGGGUCCCGGCGGGGCAGCUGGCCCGAGUGGUUCGGCUGACCGCCAGCCGCGGAUUCCUGCACGAGCCGGAAGCGGACCACGUCGCGCACACGCAGCUGUCGGCGCAAUUCAUUACGAACCAGUCCCUGCUGGACGCCACCGUCUUCAUGGCUGAGUGCGCGGCCCCGGCGGCGCUGCAAAUGUCGUUUGCGACGCACCGCUUCGGCGGUGCUUCUGCCGCCAACCCUACUGGCGCUGGCGCUGGCGCUGCGGUUGCGGCCGCCGCCGCGGCCGCCGACGGCGCUUUCGAUCUGGCCUUUGCGACGCAGGACCCUUCCUCCCAGGGAGCGGGCCGGGAGCAGUCCAGAAUGCGCCGCGGGUGGUCAGCAUAUCUCGCACACCUGUCCGGGUCACAUGCGGAGAGCGAGGUAGUCAAUGCACUCCUGCGGCUCAGCUGGUCGAAUCUGGGCAAUGCAUGUGUCGUCGAGGUCGGUGCGCAUUCUGCCUCACUGGCGAGGGCCCUGGCACACCACUGCCCAAACCUCCGCCUGGUGGUGCAGAUUGACAGGAAGGCCCAGCAGCAGCCGUCACCAUCGCCCGCUCCCGUCAGCAUGUGGAAUGGGAUGUUAUCGGGCGUCUUCUGCCAAGACGAGGUGGCGGACCACCUGGCUCCUCCCCGCCAAGAGGGCUCGCCCAGCUCCUCGGGAUCCGGCUCGGGCGCAAAUCACCCCGGGGUGACCGUAACGUACCGCGCGGCGGGCAUGCCGCAGCCAAUAACGGAUGCGGCCGCCUACAUCAUCCACCUCACACCGCCUCACCCGUCGGGCGGCGGGGCGGAGGGCGGCCGCACCCUCCGCACCCAGCUCGACGAGUACGUCGGCCUGCUUCGCGCAAGCCGGGGCAUCAUGCUCGUCCUGACGGCAGAUGUACUCCCCGAGCCCGGCAGUAUGCCGAACCCCGAGGUCGAGGCCGUGGCCCGCGCCCGCGAUCUCAGCAUGUUUCAACUAUCUAACCGGGGCGCCGUGGAACUCGCGGACCUGCUGGGCAUAAUAAACUCGUUGGGUGACGGAUUCGGAAAGCUCACCGUCAUCAACAAGCUGCGGGCACCCGACGGCCUCGUCUUGGUUCUUGUCGUGAAGUAUCAGGCUUGUUGA